AUUUAACAUCUAGUAGGUACUAUUAGAAAAACAUCUACAUACUUGUAUAAUUAAACUUUUGUACAAUAUGGAUUACUUUGUGCUUUUUAUUGUAUUCAAUAUUUGGUCAGUAGUUUCUUCAAAACACAUCAAUUUUUCAAUCGAUCCAAGAAUCGUUGGUGGCGAAGAUGCUCCAGAAGGUUCGGCUCCAUACCAAGUUUCAUUGAGGUAUAUUACUAUGGACCAUUUAUGUGGUGGUUCCAUCAUGAACAAAAGAUGGAUUUUAACAGCGGCACAUUGUCUUCAACCCGGUGAUUUGGAUGUUGUAUAUAUGGGUUCAAAUUUGCUGGAUCGAAAAGGCAGAUAUUACGAUGUGGAACGAUAUGUGAUACAUCAAAAUUAUACGGGAGAACAGGGUACUUUUUAUGCUGAUUUAGGGUUAAUUAAAUUAGCAGAAGACAUAGAGUUUAGUGAUAAGGUGCAAGCUGUAAACAUUCACCAAAGUGAAAUCCAAGGUGGUGAGGAAUGCAAAGCAACUGGAUGGGGUCGAUUGGGUGCCAGUCAACCAAUACCAAAUGCGUUGCAACAGUUGGCAACCACUGCUUUAAGUAAUGAGAAGUGUAAAGAAGUUACUGGAUUCUUCGAGCCCACAUCGCAAAUAUGUGUAUUCAAAGGAUCUGGAAAAGGAGUUUGUUUUGGCGAUUCUGGUGGACCUUUAGUUUACAAUGGAGAACAAGUUGGAGUUGCAUCAUUUAUAUUGGGUACUUGUGGUGGUGGUUACCCUGACGUUUUUGUAAGAGUUCUCGACUUCCAAGAUUGGAUCAACUCUCACAUUUCUGAGGAUAAUUAAUUACAGCAUAAUAAAAUAUUAAUCGUGAAUUAUUAAAUAUAAUAAGUUUACAAUACACUAUCCAGUUAACUGUGUUU